AUAAUUUUGUAAACAAAGUAGGAGUCAAGUGCAGUGAAAUUAUAGCUAGAAUAUUAAUGAAAAAUGACUGAAUUUAAGGUCCUAGAGUUGUUUAGCGGGAUUGGUGGAAUGCAUAGUGCAUUUCUAUAUUCUAAACUACGAGGCCAAAUACACGCUGCCAUGGAUAUAAACACUGUUGCUAAUACUGUUUAUGCAUUUAACCAUCCCAAAGUCAGGCUUCUAAAUAACAACAUCGAGAAGUUAACACCGAAAUUCAUUCAUGGUCUUGAUGUAAAUAUGAUACUUAUGUCACCUCCGUGUCAGCCUUUUACCAGAGUGGGGAACCAAAAAGACAUCGAUGACGUCCGAACAGAUGCCCUUACUCACAUAAGUGAAAUUCUGCCCGAGUUACAGAGCAUAGAGUAUAUUCUCAUGGAAAAUGUCAAAGGUUUCGAGACAUCCAAGGCUCGCAACGCAUAUUUGGAGGCUCUCAAAAGAUCGGGAUUUUUCUUUAGAGAGUUUAUACUUAGUCCGUCACAGUUUGGAGUGCCCAAUACUCGACAUCGCUACUACUGCUUGGCUAAAAAGAGUGAUUUUAAUUUCCCAGGCAAACAAAUACACGAAACAUUUCACGGAGAACUGUUCAAACAACUACCACAAAGGAGCUUCAUAGUCAAUGAUGUCAUUGAAACAGAGAGUGCAGUAAAUGAGGAUCUUCUACUAGAUGAUAAGGUGCUAAAGAGGAGAAUCGGCUUAUUUGAUAUUGCUAGCCCGAACUCUACAAAUACGAUUUGCUUUACAAAAGCAUACACUCACUACAGUGAAGGAACUGGUUCCAUAUUCUCACCCCUGAGUUCCAAGGAAAUGGUCGAAAUAUUUGAAAGAGCCAAAUCCCUAGACCCUUUGUCGGAUGACUACAUCGAAUGCAUUCGUUCCUUAAAGUUGCGCUACUUCAGCCCAAGAGAAGUUGCACGAUUGAUGAGUUUUCCGGAAGACUUCCAAUUCCCCGAAGUGACAACAUUGCGACAAAAAUACAGACUUCUCGGUAAUAGUAUUAAUGUCCUAGUUGUUGGUGAACUAAUAAAAUUGCUUUGCUCAUAGCAUAAA